CAGUCUACUUACAGGAAAAAAAUUUAGAAAGUGUUUAAUGCGUGUAGCAAAACGAUAAUUUCCAUUAAUUCAUAAUAGUGCAGCUAGCCUGGAUGCAACCAGUGCAAAAUGUAUCCUAACCUCAGCUGUUAUUGCAUCCUCGUAUAGAACACAUAAAUAGUUUGAGCAAGCGAAAAUCCCAGAAAAAAAAAAAAAAAAAGGUAACUGCCAACGUUCACCAACAGCUGGCAACCACCUGCUCUUUGUUUACAUCAGUUGACAGGACGGCAGGAUGAGAAGUGGAAGUGCUGGCGCUGUCCUCCUCUGUCUGUGCUUCAUCUCUUCCAUAACUUCCAUCGAUGCAUCCCUGUACAACAGUACAGACGAUGUAGUAAUCCUAGACCACACCAACUUUACGGCCACGGUUCACGGCACGGAGAACGCCUGGGUGGUGGAGUUCUACAGCUCCUGGUGCGGCCACUGCAUCCAGUUUGCCCCCACCUGGAAGCUGUUUGGCAGGGACGUAAGAGAUUGGGAGCAUACCAUAAAAGUUGGGGUGCUGGACUGUUCUGUGGAUGAGAAUGUGCCAAUAUGCCGCGAGCACGAGAUCAUGGGAUAUCCCACUGUAAAGCUUUUUGCAGCUCGAACCACCAAGGGAGAUAUUGGCUCUGCCGUGCCCCAUCUUACAACAGUGGAGCAACUAGGGGAAGCUGUCACAGACUUCCUUGUGGAGAAACAGAAAGCAAACAGUGGUUCUAAAUCAUGGGCUGAUUUGCAACCAUACAAAGGUACAGUACAAACAUUGCUGGAAUCAGUAUCUGGAGCUGAGUGGGCAGUGCUGGUAAUUGACAAAACAAAGUCACACACUGCCUGGGCUCUACUAAUGGACUUAGCUGGCUACCCAUCUAUUGUGGUUCGUUACAAGGAUGCAGACCAAGAUGAUGUUAAGCAAUUUGGUACUGCUGGACUCCCAGCUGUCAUGAUAGUUAGCAAAGAUGGGAAGGAGGAGGUUUUGAAUGAUGCUGGAAAAUCAAGAGAUGAAAUGCGAACAGCAAUUAUGAAGAAACUGAUGCUCAAUCGGGAAAUGUUAGGAAAGAAGACCAGUUCUGUGAAGGAAGACAGAGAAGGUGCUGGUGAUGGGCAGCCAGAGGAAAUUAACAAGGACAAGCUGAAUUAUGGAGAUGACCUGCCUGAUACAGCCUUCACAAGUAUGGAGAGGAAUGAUCAGGUGUUCAUGGUGGACAUAGAAAAUGCAGUUUCUUAUGCAAUAAGUCAUGAAGUAGCUCAACACAAAGUGAUAAAAGGUGAGAAACUGUUAGCUCUACAAGAAUUUCUGGACAUUCUUGUGAGAUACCUUCCUGCUAGACCACAAGUGCAUUCAUUUCUCUCAAAGUUCCACCACUACACACUUAACCAUGGGAACAGCAUUGAAGGCAGUAAAGUUAAUGAAGUUAUUAGCUCAUUACAGAACAAAGACUCUGUACUUCCAAGCCAGCAGCCAUGGGUGGGAUGUGCUGGCAGUGAACCCAAAUACAGGGGAUAUCCUUGUGGUCUUUGGACAACAUUCCAUGUGCUAACAGUGAAUUCAGUACUCCAAGAUGGAGCAAAGAAAUUUUAUAGACCUUUGAGAACAGUUAAAGCCAUACAUGGUUAUGUUAAACAUUUCUUUGGCUGUAGUUAUUGUUCUGAACAUUUUCAAGCUAUGUAUGCUGAGGAUGCAGAAUCAUCUAUUAAAGUAGCAGAUGACACCAUUCUUUGGUUGUGGCGGGGACACAACAAGGUUAACAAACGACUCAAGGGAGAUGCAAGUGAGGAUCCCCAACAUCCAAAACAGCAGUUCCCAUCUCCUGGUGCAUGUCCUUCCUGCUGGCAAGGUGAAAAUUUCAGUGAGAGGGAAGUGUUAACUUACCUCAAGACAAUAUAUGCAAAAGGAGCUCUUUCCUUCAGGGGAACUCAAAUCAUUCCAAUUCCUCCAAGAAACAGGCAAGAAAAGGUUCAGCAACAACUAGAUGGCUACAGGCAACACUCGCAGGUCUUGAUAUCCCAUCAGGACAACAAGCUGAGCAGGGACCAGAGCCCACAGAACAAUGGCUCUUGGAGUUUCACCAACACUGACAUUAGCCUAUGUGUGCUCCUCUAUGGUGCCUCCACCAUCAUCAUUAUGGCUGUGUACUGCUCUGUCGUCAUCAGAAGAAAAAUGAGAAGGAGGAAGUUCCUAGAGACUUACAAACUUCCGAUGCAUUUUGCAGCCCAAUAACAAAUGCCACCACUGUAGCAACAAGUAAAUGAUACUAAGAGUGGUGAAAGGGAAGAUAGGGUAAUCUUACACCCUCCUACCACUCCUUCAUGACAGUCACUAUAAGUUACCUUUUAAAUAUGACACUUGCAAGGAAGCAGAUAACUGCCAGAUAGGGGUUUCUUUUUUACCAUAUUAAAAAUCUAUAGGAUUUAUAAGGUGAAUUAAAACCACAGUGAUGGAGUGUAAUGAUUUGUAGAAGGUGAUCAUCUGACAAACUACAUACUGUCAAACAUACAGUUAAUCUUUGGCUUAAUCCAUGCCACAAAACAAGAUGAUAAGAGACUGCCCUAAUCUGUAUAUGUAUGAGCAUUAGAUAUAAAAGACUUGCCUUCUCAUAUUUAAUGUCAAACACCCUUCAACCAUCUUAUCCACUAUGUCAUAUGUGCAUUAGUUUCUCACAUCUCUAGUGUUCUUUUACAUAACACCCUUCUUGAAUGCUUUCACUAUUAUCCUGUUAUCUUCAUCUAUGCCACUGUGUACCAUCUUAAGGACAUAUGAGGAGAUACCCUUUUCUCCUCAAUAGAGCAAGUAAUGCAAUUAAUCCACAAAUUAUUCUGCUCCAGUCUACCCUUUUACUCAAAUAGGAUCUCCCUCAACACUUCUUCACAAAUUCCCUUAAGUAUUCCUUGCUAUUCACUUCUGUCUCCUUGUCAUAAUGGGCAUCUUCAUGUUUCACUUCUGUCUCCUUGUCAUAAUGGGCAUCUUCAUGUUACAGAUUCCUCACACUUGGAUUUUAUUCACUCACUUUUUUCUCCACAUGGUAUAUUUUUCCCUUCUCAUAUUUGGCAAAUCAACAUCUUUAUUUAACUUGAUCUCAUAAGACAUACUACAUAUAUUUGGUUAAUUUUCAUUAAUAUGAUCUUCUAAUUCCAACUCUGACAUCAGGUCAUGUAUAUUUGUGCACAUAUGUAAUCAUGAAUCCUGAGUCAGUUUUUAACAUUUUUAUUUUGCACCUUGUUUUGUCUCUCAUUGCAUCAUACAUAAUUUCUUGAUUUUCAUAUCUAGCUUCCACCAAAAGAUCUCUCUCUCUCUCUCUCUCUCUCUCUCUCUCUCUCUCUCUCUCUCUCUCUCUCUCUCUCUCUCUCUCUCUCUCUCUCUCUCUCUCUCUCUUUGGUUUGGUGUUCUUUGUAUAGUAUUUUCAGCUGUCUUCUCUCCUCUUCAUUUAGGUCCUUCCCUAUUUCUCUAUUAGGUUAGAUUAGGCACUCAGAUAAUUUGUUUACUUUGUAACUUAAAUUUUACCCACAGGAACAUUCAUUCACUCUUCUUAUAUGGACUGCAUUCCAUGUACAGUAUCUCUUCUACCUCCUCCUCCUCCUCCUUCUCCUCCCCCCACAUUGCUCCCUCAUCAUUUACUUUAUUGAUAAAUUAUCUUGUUCUUUGACAUUUUCUCUUUUUCAUUUACUCAGUAUUUUUACACAUUUUUCCCUUUCCUAAUGCUACUUUCUUUUACAGAAUUCUAAUAUUAUUUUGUACUUUUCUCUUUUCCUCUGAUAUAUUAAUCUAUUAAAUUCUUACCCAAAUUAUCUGUCCUUUUCUUUGGCUGUUAGCACUGUAUUUAAAGUAUAUAUCACUAAUUAAAUUUU